AUGUCGAAGUUUACUACGCCACCUCCAACCCCGGAACAUGCACUCCUCUCCUUCCCAGCACCAUACGUCCUUCUGGUAACCCUCAACCGACCUCGCGGGUUGAAUUGCAUCAAUUCGCAAGGACAUGUUGAUCUGCAUGAAGUAUGGGAAUGGAUGGAUGAGGAGCCAAGUGUGAGAGUGGGCAUUAUCACAGGGACAGGAAGGGCUUUUUGCGCAGGAGCCGAUUUAAAAGAGUGGAAUAACCGCACUACUACAAAUACCCGUACGACAAUGCCAACAAGCGGGUUCGGCGGUCUAGCUCGACGAAAAGGCAAGAAACCCGUAAUAGCAGCCGUAAAUGGACUCUGCUUUGGCGGCGGUAGCGAAAUGACCAUCAACAGCGACAUGGUGAUUGCUUCUUCGCGCGCUGUGUUCGGGCUACCUGAGGUAAAGCGUGGAGUAGUUGCCCAAGCAGGAGCGUUACCGCGACUUGUUCGGACUGUGGGUAAACAGCGAGCGAUGGAGAUGGCGCUUACAGGUCGGAAUAUCCUACCCGAAGAAGCUGAGAGGUGGGGACUUGUUAAUGAGGUUGUGGAUGUGAAGGGUUUGAGUCAGGAGGAGGGGAAUAAGGUGGUUGUUUCGAGGGCGGUUGUUGUUGCGGGGUUUAUUGCGGGGAAUAGUCCUGAUGCGGUGCUGGUUACUAGGGAAGGAAUAAAGCUGGGUUGGGAAGGGAUUGGGGCGGAUGAGGCGACGGGCAUGUUGAGUGAGACUUGGAUGAAGAGAUUGAAUGAUGGGGAGAAUAUUAAGGAGGGGUUGAGGGCUUUUGUGGAGAAGAGAGCGCCUGUUUGGAAGGAUAGUAAGUUGUAA